AUGCAAGGAAGAGGCUUAUCAGACUUGAAGAACAUCAAUGGCCAGGAUGAGAUCCUGCCAGUUCUGAUCGUUGGUGCAGGACCAGUUGGGCUUGUUCUCUCUAUACUUCUCACCAAAUUAGGCGUUAAGUGUGCAGUUUUGGAGAGGAGCAGGACAUUUCCAAGACAUCCACAGGCACACUUCAUCAACAACCGAUCUAUGGAGAUCUUCCGCAAAUUGGAUGGCCUCACAAAGGAGAUCCAGAGGUCCCAACCACCAGUAGAUUUUUGGAGAAAGUUUGUAUACUGUAUAUCUCUCACUGGUCCUCUUCUUGGGUCAGUUGACCAUAUGCAACCUCAAGGGUUGUCAGCCCAAUCUCUGUUGCACACUUCUCACAGUACAAACUGA